CCACAUGAACAAUUGAUGAAUAGCAACUUGCAAAUAUGGUGGUCCCUCGACAACCUGUUUCACUUCUGUCUCUGCCUGUUGGGAUUUUCAGUUGUGCCCAACUACUUCACCUGGCUACUCAGUCGGAAUGUCUCCAAACUCAACAGACCAAGUAAUUUGUUUAUUUGGACGGUUAAAAGAGGAUGUGUUGCUGUGGUUACUGUGUGUCUUCCUGCCACUUUAUUGGAACUUUCUUCUGAAAGAAAAGCUGGCGAUGUUUUGACGUUUAGAGAUGACAGCACAGUUAACCGGUAUCUGAUUUUCCAGGUCCUCGGUGCUCUCAAGUACAUAAUAUUGGGUGUGCUACCGUGGAUGAUAUACUGUUCGACACAGAACGUAAAGCGAUUGAGUUACAAGAUUGUCCUUCUUCAGAUGUCACUCUCAUUUAGCGUCACCUUCUGUCUUUCUAUUGGAAUCGUCAACACGUCUCCUGGUUCCCAGUCAGAGUUGGUGCUUGUCUCACUGUAUUGCAACCUCUGUACUGUCGCUCCAAUAUCCCUCAUUGUCUGGAAGUUCCUGAUGAGAUGGCGUCGUCAGGUCAACUCUAAUAGUGACCGGACCCCGAUCUACAGCAGAACCUGCAUCUCAAGCGUGUGCCUCCUCAUCAUCUGCACCUACCUGCCCUCAGACUUCAUCCACAUGCUCCAGCUCCUCUACCGACUGCAAAUACUGCCCAACCUCAAGUGGGCGGAUCAGAGGUAG